CGACGAACCGCUCGCGCUCGGCGCGUCUGCUGCCGCUUUACUGACCCAGCACGAAUGUCAAGACUUGCUUUAGACGGUUUUAUUACUUUACCGAUCGCUAUUGAUUGUCUGUACGGAAGGAAACGGCGACCUGGGUUCACAUCAAAUCGAUUUUGACCGCAUGGGAUAACACAUUUGUACCAGAAAACGCUUAAAGCAAUCUGAAGAUAUCGAAAGAGAAGCUGAAGUCGUCAAAUGUAUUGGAAAAAUGAGGCUUUGGCCCCUCUAUCAGAGGGAAAUCAGUUUCUCUCCGAAGGAAUUCCCUCAAAACAGGUGAUCUCUCCAGAUUCGCACAGCACACCGGGAGCAUCACGCUGCGUGGACGGACAACACGGACGCGCGAUGUCGCAGUCUGACGGAGAAUCUCACAGGUCUAAUAUGGAGAAAGACGACAGUCCGCCCUCGACUCCGUCCAUCUGCUCGCCCACGUCCACCGCCUCCUCCGAGCCGUCCACCGGGAAGAACGUGUGCGCGAGCUGCGGUCUCGAGAUCCUGGACAGAUAUCUGCUCAAGGUUAAUAAUCUGAUCUGGCACGUGAGGUGUCUGGAGUGUUCCGUUUGCAGGACGUCACUACGUCAACACAGCAGCUGCUACAUUAAAAAUAAGGAAAUCUUCUGUAAAAUGGAUUAUUUCAGUAGGUUUGGUACAAAGUGUGCCCGCUGUGGCCGGCAGAUCUACGCCAGCGACUGGGUACGGCGAGCCAGAGGCAAUGCCUACCAUCUGGCCUGCUUCGCCUGCUUCUCCUGCAAACGGCAGCUGUCCACAGGCGAGGAGUUCGGGCUGGUGGAGGAGAAAGUACUCUGUCGGAUCCAUUACGACACAAUGGUGGAGAACCUGAAACGGGCUGCUGAGAGCGGAAGCGGACUCACUCUGGAGGGGGCGGUGCCGUCAGAACAGGACAGUCAACCAAAACCGGCUAAAAGGGCACGAACGUCCUUCACUGCAGAACAACUGCAGGUAAUGCAGGCGCAGUUUGCACAGGACAACAACCCUGACGCUCAGACCCUGCAGAAGUUGGCAGACAUGACCGGACUGAGUAGACGAGUCAUACAGGUUUGGUUUCAAAACUGCAGAGCGAGACAUAAAAAGCACACUCCACAGCACAGCGGUCCACCUCAAGCUCACCCUCAGGCCCGCAUGCCCCCCUCGCUCCCCGACGAGCUGCAUUACUCCCCUUUCGGCAGUCCUGAGAGAGCACGCAUGGUGGCCCUGCACGGGUACAUCGAAAGCCAUCCAUUUUCAGUGCUCACUACACAGAGCCUCCCUCAUCAGGCCAUGACGUUACCGCAGCUCCCUCUCAGCCGCUAACACCCCCGCCUCGCACUGACCCCUGACCUCCUGCUUCAAACCUCCGUCCCACAGCGCCGACCCCAGAGGUCGGAUCUGGCUGGAGGAGAGGGUCACGGUCCCUUUUGCUCUUGACCUCUGAACUCGCAAAGAGAGAGACUGUUUCCUUUCUCUGGUUUCAUUGGACAGGAUUUUAUUCACCUGCAUCUAGUCACUCUCGGUUAAGGAAACCCGCAUAUGUGACAUGUGAAUUUAGGACUUUGUCACCAAGACCAGGAUCUGGACUUUUGAAAAAAAAAAAAAAAAGACUCGAGCACACACUGUAAAAGACUAGCGCUCUUGGUGCGUCCUCUCUUCUGACAGUCUCAUCUGACUCGUGUUCAGCGUUUGGAGACUCAAAAGGAAUGUAAAGUUACCAGCAUCAGUGUUAAACAUUUAGAUUGAAAAAGGCAAAAGCACAAGAAAUGUGGAUGGGAAAUAAAUGGCAUUGGACCAGGUGGUAAGACAAAUCUGAUCUUUUUUUCCUUGCCGAAACACACCACGAUUGAACAUGGAAUCUGUACUAAGCCAGUGAAAUGAAUUUAAGCUACAGUUCAGUUCACUUUUUCUUGCUUUCUUGUUCUUACACCCGUAUGCAAAGCAUAUGCGUUUCCUUGGGCCUAAAAAAACAGCAGGCUUGAUUUGUCCACAUAUUUCAAUUUAAAAAUAAUUGUACUUCAAUUCCUUAAAGGACUUAAAGUCCAUCACUUAAUUGUAAACAUAACUGCAAAUUGUUUCUGCAAUUAUUUGACGACAUCUUGUUUUGAAAGCAGAUAGUUUUAGAAAAGUGAAAUCGUUUCCUUUUAGACCCAGGUUAAAUGUUAAAUAAUAAUUUCUAUAGUUUAAAAAGAUGUCAAAAGCUUUUAUUUCUUCCCUAAUAUUUAUUCGUUUCCAAAAUGAAUUUCAAUAACUCUUGUCAUUGCAGUUUACCUGCAAUCAUAGACUACAAAUGACACUGAUCUUAGUGUGAGAUUAUUUCAAAUCAAAAACAGUGCUCUGAACAUUUCCUACAAGAAAAUGUAAAGCAAAUAUUAAACUUGAGGAUCAAGAAGGGAUUAUCAAUGACAAACAACAGUAUUUUGUGCAUAAGAGGAAGACUGAGACUAAAAAGAGCACUUGAGUAAAUUGUAAAGAUGGCUACAUGUAAAGAAAAUGUACAUGUAAUGUAUUUUUAUUUAAGCAGUGUCCUGACUUUAUGUGGGAGACGAAAGUGUCUGUGUUUCAUUGUUUUCUUCAUACAUGUGUGCCGUAUAUGCCUCAGCUGUGACGAGGGAGCGGGAGUGUUGUAUACUAACAGAUAGGAGCUGUGUACAGGUCUGAAACCGGGGGAAAAGUCUGAAAUUGUAACUUGUGUUCUGAAUGGAGGACAAGGCCUCUAAAUUCUUGUAUUUAUUAUGACAGGUAGCCUGUAAGCACUUUUCCCCACUUCCACAUGUCUGUUUUGUAAAAAAAAAAUAAAAAAAAUAAUUAACU